AUGGGAUCUUCUCAGUCUACAUUGGAGCCUAGAAGAGACACUCGGAUCCUAGCGGAAAUGCUAGUUACGGAUCAGUUUUGUUCCUGGUACUCGAGUAACCCUAAAGAAUUAGAUCGUCAAAUAAGCAGAUGGUUGGAUGCGGCUGGAGAGCGUGUGGGUUCGGCCAGAGCAAUAGUUUCACCCGAUUGGUUCUCUGCGCUCGCAAACUCCAUUUUCAGCCAUGCCGGCUAUUCGUACUGUGGCGACACUGCAGCCUACGCUUUCAAACAAAUUGCGCCUGAAAAUGUUGAUCGCGUUUUCGUACUGGGACCUUCACACGUUGUUUGCUUGAAUGGUUGUGCUCUUACAACCUGCAGUAAAUAUCGCACACCAAUAGGAGAUCUUCAUAUUGAUAUGGAGGUUAAUGAGGAGUUGCGUGCCACACGACAGUUUGACUUGAUGGAUCGAAGCGAUGAAGAAGCCGAGCACAGUAUUGAAAUGCAAAUGCCUUUCAUUGCGAAAAUAAUGGAAAACAAUCCAAACGUAACUGUCAUACCAAUUCUUGUUGGAUCACUGACAGCACCAAAACAGCAAGCUUAUGGGAAGAUUUUUGCAAAUUACCUGGAGAAUCCGCGUAACCUAUUUGUCAUAUCGUCUGAUUUUUGUCAUUGGGGUCAGUUUGCAGCUACGGGCAGACGUAAUCGUUUUCACUUUGCCCCUCAUAAUCCGAACAGUGGCCUUCCAAUCUAUGAACAGAUUACGCAACUUGACAGAGAUGGUAUGGAUGCCAUAGAAACUUUGAAUCCUCAAAUUUUCAAUGACUACCUCAAAAGAACGCAAAAUACUAUUUGUGGUAGAAAUCCGAUCACCGUCAUGCUGCAGGCUGCAGAACACUUCAGAAUGAUUAACAAUCACACUCAUGAAUUCCGUUUUCUAAAAUAUUCUCAGUCGAAUAAG